AUGAACACAUCCACGACAUACCGUGUGCUAAGGCAUGCCAGUCGGCGUGUAGCAAACAUUCCGAGAACACCGAUAGCAUCCAGCUUCAGACCACUGUCGACGACAACCCCCCGCGCCCUCCGGCCUACUCUGUCGCAACUCAACAAGGACGACCCAUACCACAAGGCGUCGACUGAGGCAACGGGGACAUCGGCCGGACCGCAUGAGGGCUCCGCAUCUCGGACGGACCGGGAGAUCGUGGUCGAGUAUCCCCCGGAGGAAGAUUUUCCUCAGGAUCGCCCGUUGCGGGGUCGAGGCGGCGUCCAAUAUGUCAAGACAUUACCGACGUUCAGUCUUGAGGGGCGCACCGCCGUGGUGACGGGUGGAGCGAGAGGUCUUGGGUUGGUCAUGGGUCAGGCACUCGUGCAGUCUGGGGCUGAUCUGGCGAUCGUGGAUCUGAACAGGGAAGAGGCCGAGAAGCAAGCCCAGGAAUUGAUGUCGCUGAUCGCGAAGGAGAACAAGGAAAGCGGCUCGAACGACCCGGUGCCCAAGGUGACGGCACACUAUGCCGAUGUGUCGGACCCGACGUCGGUGAAUGAGUGCAUCGCCGACAUUAUUGGCCAGCACGGCAAGAUAGACCAUCUGGUGACUUCGGCUGGAUUCACGGAGAACUUUUCUGCCGAAACAUACCCUUACGAACGCAUCAAGAAGCUCUGGGGCGUGAACGUCGACGGGACGUAUCUGUUCAGUACGUCCGUCGCGCGGCAUCUGAUGGAGAGGAACGUUACGCACGGAAGUAUUGUCAUGAUCGGCAGCAUGUCCGGCUCGAUUGUCAACGUGCCCCAACCACAGGCGCCGUACAAUGCUGCGAAGGCGGCGGUGAGGCAUCUUGCGGCUAGCUUCGCGGUGGAAUGGGCGCACGCUCAUAUCCGAGUCAAUUGUAUUAGUCCUGGCUACAUGCUGACGGCUUUGACCCGCAAAAUCCUGGACGACAACCCGGAACUAAACAAGACAUGGACUUCAUUGAUCCCGGUCGGCAAAAUGGGUUCCCCUGAAGACCUGCAAGGAGCGGUCGUCUAUCUGCUGAGUGAUGCCAGUCGAUAUGUCACAGGAGCAGACUUGAGAGUUGAUGGAGGGUGA